AUGGCGUUGUGUCAUCAGAAACAUCCAUUUGAGAUAGAGACUGACGAUCGUCUGACUACAAUAAAUACAAAAAUAUUUGAGAUAAAGAAGAAAAUACAGUUAUCAGACGGUCAAAGAAAAUCACACUACGAAGAAAACGAAGCAGAGAAAAGGCAGAACAACGAUCUUAUUGAGACGCUGAAAAAAGAAAUUAAAUUACGUCUUACCGAGUUAAGCCAAGCUAAAGAAGUUGUCAAUGAUGAAGAAGCCCAGAUCAAGAAAUACUUGAAUGAUGUCUGUCCUAUAGGCAACAAGAACUCUGACCAGGUCAUUCACAACCUAGAUUUAAAAGUGAUCGAACAGAGAAAAGUCCUGGAUCUGUUGAAAUACGAAAGGGGGAGUAAGAAAAAGAAGCUAAGGGAAUUGGAAAAGGAAUAUGAGAAACUGCUGAUCGAGAGUACUAAGAGUGACUUGGUUAAGUCAAAAAUUACGACACGGUCUAGAAAACACGUUUCGCAUUUAGAAAAUGAAAUCCACACCGUUUUGAUUCAGUGGACAGAAGCUGAGCUGGUCAAAAAGAAAUAUUCCUCUAUUAGACAAGCCUUGAUAGAAGACUCGGUGAAGUUUGAAAGCUCUCUUGCUAAAAUCGAGGAACUGCUUUACAAACAGAGAGAGGAGAUUAAGAAAUUGGAGUAUGUCCGUGAGGAAGCAGCGGAAAUGCGUAUACGCGCCACUGCGGCAACGGCCGCCGAAGCAGCGCGCGCGCAUGACGCAGAACAUGCGCGGGCCGCCGAACGCGCGUACUUCGCGCAGCGCUUCGAAGAGAGACGACGGGAAUUAGAAAAGUUGGAGAAGAGAAUCUUUCCACCAGCAAUCCGCCCGGUUAGACAAGAGUCCACAGGGUCGAUGGAAGGAGAACCAACAGCUGAAGAAGCAUCCCCCGCGCAGCAUAUGGAGGACGUGUUUCAGAAGCUAAUGAAGCUAACUGGUGUAACAGAGCCAGAACAAGUCUUCGACCGCUUCCGAGGACAACGGGAAACCAGCACACGUUUGAACUACCUGCAACAAACAACUGAAGAGGAGAAACUACAGUUGGAGCAAGCGCAGACUGCGCUCAUGGGCGAAUUGGAGGGAUACAAAUUCGCUUCCGUCAAGGAUAAAGAUGAAGGACAAGACGAAAUCCAGAAUUUAAAAACCGCAAUACAAGAAGAAGAAGAAGCGUAUGCAGAACUUCAAAAGGAAUUGGAUGAACUGGAAACGUUUUUGUUGGACAUAAAAAGGUUGCUCUACGACCUCAGCAAAAUGCUGGAUUUGAUCCCCGAACCUGCAAUGCCCGAAUGGACAGCUGAAGCACGAGACAUCCAAGAGAUAAUCCAGGUUUUGGGUUCGAGGUUCGAUAAGGCUCGAGCGAGAGUAGAGUUGAUUGGCGACAAGCAAAGGGAUACGGUCAUAGUAGUGCCAUCUAACACCACAAGCGGCGCACCUUCCGUCGCCAACAUGAGCUUACACAGUCAUAGCUCACAGAAGGAAUCAGAUAAGACUUUGCCGACUUACAAGGAGCUUGUUCUAAAGGAGCCUGGUAAAGUACAAGUUUCCGAUGAAGAAGAGGAUAUACCGUCAAGAUGUUAUUUGAAGCGUCAGGCGCAACUAAUAGUUGACACCAAAUGCAGACGAAAAGGCUUCCGACCGCCCUACCCCCGCAAAUAA